AUGGCACCUUCCUUACAGUUGGUGGGAAGGAGCCAGCCACAGGUGGCCAACAGCUCACAGUUCGACGGCCGCGACCACCUGAGGUGUUUGGCCGAUGGCAACAUUGGCAAUGCUAAAGACCUUAGAGCUCCACUUCUUCAGAUGCUACGCGGGGCGAACGCAGUCCGCUGGCUGGGAAUCAUGAAGAGCCGCUCCAUCGACCCUGGCAUCAAAGGAUACACGUCAGUGAUCGCAUCGUGCGCUCGAAAAGGAGAUGCCGCAGGGGCCAAGAGGCACUUUGCUGCAAUGGAGGCAGCCGGGUACAAGGCUGACCUCAAGGGCCUUGGUGCGCUGAUCAGGGCGCUGAGUUGCUCCGGUGAAGCAAAGGAAGCCUUGAACAUACUGGAGGUGGCUCAGGAGCAGUCGCUGGCCGAUGGCCAGAUGUACCAUCAAGUCCUUGUCGCGUUGGCGGCCUCCUCGGAUCUGGACAAAGUGCCAGAGCUCUUCAGACGGAUGGCGUCUCGCCGCGACGCACCUGAGGGCCCCAGCCAUUCCAAGGUGGCGGACGGAAUCGCUUUGGGCCCUGCAGCCUUUUCCAGCUGCUGGGCGGAGUCUGCGACGUGA